AGUUGCGUCUGGAGCCGAUCACCAGCUGACUGCCGGGAGAGCGGAGCGCUUCAGACGGGUCAGGAUGGAAGAAAUACUGGCGCCUCUAAGGGAGGCUGUGAGGGAACAGGGUGACUUGGUGCAUCAGUUGAAGGAAAAGGGCGUCAAAGAGCAGGAGCUGAGCAGAGCUGUUGCAGAGCUGAAAGCCCGGAAGAAGAUUCUUGAAGCAAAGGAGCUGGCUUUGCAGCCCAAAGAUGACACGGUGGACAGAGUGAAGAUGGAGGACACCUUAAAGAGGAGAUUCUUCUACGAUCAAGCCUUUGCCAUCUAUGGAGGUGUGAGCGGCCUGUAUGACUUCGGCCCUGUGGGCUGUGCCCUGAAGAACAACAUCCUGCAGGUCUGGAGGCAGCACUUCAUCCAGGAGGAGCAGAUCCUCGAGAUUGACUGCACCAUGCUGACCCCAGAGGCGGUCCUCAAGACGUCGGGACAUGUGGAUAAAUUUUCCGACUACAUGGUGAAAGAUGCCAAGACCGGGGAGUGCUACCGCGCCGAUCACCUCCUCAAAGCUGACUUGAAAAAACUAAUGUCUGAUGAGAAAUGCUCUGAGAAGGUGAACAAGAUGGAGGACGUCAUCACUCAGAUGGACAACUACACCCAGCAGGAGCUGACGGACCUCUUUGUGAAAUACAACGUUAAGUCUCCCUCCACAGGAAACGACCUCACACCUCCCGUCUCUUUCAACCUGAUGUUUCAGACGUCCAUCGGGCCAGGGGGGAACACGCCCGGCUACCUGAGGCCUGAAACCGCUCAGGGGAUGUUCCUCAACUUCAAACGCUUGCUGGAGUUCAACCAGGGAAAGCUUCCCUUUGGCGCCGCUCAGAUUGGAAACUCCUUCAGGAACGAGAUCUCUCCUCGCUCCGGACUCAUCCGUGUCAGAGAGUUCACCAUGGCUGAGAUCGAGCACUUUGUGGACCCAAGCGAGAAGAUCCACCCCAAGUUCUCCAACGUGGCCGACCUCGACCUCCUGUUGUUCUCCUCCAAGGCUCAGACCAGCGGCCAGUCUGCACACAUCAUGAAGCUGGGUGACGCUGUGGAGCAGGGCGUGAUCAACAAUUCCGUGUUGGGUUACUUCAUUGGGAGAAUCUACCUGUAUCUAAUCAAAGUGGGGCUGUCUAAAGAUAAAGUGCGUUUCCGUCAGCACAUGGAGAACGAGAUGGCUCACUACGCCUGUGACUGCUGGGACGCAGAGUCCAAAACCUCCUAUGGCUGGAUUGAGAUCGUGGGCUGUGCUGACCGCUCCUGCUUUGACCUCACGUGUCACUCCCGAGCCACCAAGGUGCCUCUAGUGGCUGAAAAGCCCCUAAAAGAACCCAAAGUGGUGAACGUCGUCCAGUUUGAGCCCAAUAAGGGAGCCAUCGGAAAGGCCUACAAGAAAGAUGCCAAAGUGGUUCUGGAGUACCUGGCUGCCUGUGACGAAUGCUACAUCAGUGAUCAGGAGAAGCUGCUCAAUCAAGAGGGGGAGUUCAGCGUUGAGACACAAGGCAGAACCUUUAAAGUGACAAAAGACAUGGUCGCUGUGAAAAGGUUCCAGAAAACUCUGCACGUGGAGGAGAUUGUUCCCAAUGUAAUCGAGCCGUCCUUUGGCAUCGGCAGAAUCAUGCACUCCAUCUUCGAGCACUCGUUCCGCAUCCGGCAGGGCGAUGAACAGAGGACGUAUUUCAGCUUCCCUGCCACCGUCGCUCCUUACAAAUGUUUCAUCCUUCCUCUGAGCCAAAACCAGGAGUUCAUGCCAUUUGUCCAACAGUUAUCCGAGGCGAUGACUAAAAUCGGCGUGUCCCACAAGGUGGACGACUCCUCAGGAUCCAUCGGGCGGCGCUACACCCGCUCCGACGAGAUCGGGGUGGCGUUCGGCAUCACCAUCGACUUCGACACGGUGAACAAGACGCCGCACACGGCCACGCUGAGAGACCGCGACUCCAUGAGGCAGAUCAGGGCCGAGGUCGCUGAGUUGCCGGGGAUGGUUCAAGAUCUGGCUAACGGCACCUUGACGUGGGCUGAGGUGGAGAAAAAGUACCCGGUCUUUGAAGGACAAGAGACCAUCAAGAAGGAGUAGCCAAACAAGAACUCCUCCUCUCCUGCUUAUUUUACCAAAUGCUUUUCUUUCUUCUUCAUACAGCAUGUUUGUAUUUUCUCUCAGUGGUGAAGUGUACAGCAGGAUCUGGAGAUUAGAGCGUGUCACAAAGACUGCAGGAAAGCUACACCAGUUACCACCAUGCUGGAGGGUUAUCCCCGUCCUGUGACUUCUUUUCUAGCAGCGUUAUUGUUCCUGGGCAACAUCAUGUGCAGCACUGAUACUGUGCAAACAGAACACAUACAUACUGCCAGUUACGCACCUGACUUUCAUACAAUUCUUUAAUACUGUAUGCAUUUGUUAACCUUUUAUAAUAAACCGCAUACAUUUGU